GCGCAUGCGCACACCGGCGUUCAGCCUCUCCACUGAGUAGCUUCUUCAUCGUUACAUGCUAGCUUAGCGCUCAGGCUUCUCUGACUCCCGUGAACAGUUAUCGUGUUACAGCUAAACGGAGCGGAGUUAACGUGACCGCGGUGUGAAAGAAUAUGCCCAAAAAUAAAGGUAAAGGAGGAAAAAAUCGGCGGCGUGGAAAGAACGAGAAUGAGUCUGAGAAGAGAGAGCUGGUGUUCAAAGAGGAUGGACAGGAAUACGCUCAGGUGAUUAAAAUGUUGGGGAACGGCCGCCUGGAGGCCAUGUGUUUCGAUGGAACCAAGCGGCUUUGCCACAUCCGAGGAAAACUCCGGAAAAAGGUUUGGAUCAACACGUCGGACAUCAUCCUGGUGGGUCUGAGGGAUUACCAGGACAACAAAGCUGACGUCAUCCUUAAGUACAACGCAGACGAGGCUCGGAGUCUGAAGGCUUACGGCGAGCUUCCGGAGCACGCUAAAAUCAACGAGACGGACACCUUCGGGCCCGGAGACGACGACGAGAUCCAGUUUGAUGACAUCGGAGACGAUGAUGAAGAUAUUGAUGAUAUCUAAUGAGCCGCGACCGAAUGGGAGAAGCUGGAUUUUCACACAGAAGCUCCAGCUGGACUUUUUGAGCCGACUGCACCGAUAUACCUUUUUUAUUAAAGGCCCGCCUGUUCCAGUCCAGUUUGUUUUCCAGUCCGUCCCACCUGUAGGCGGCUCUGGAGAACCGGAUAAUGUUGGUUUUCCUUCUGAUCAGCUGAUCGUCACAGUAAAACAUCUGAAACGUCACUAAUCCCGUUUUCAUCUCUUUAACUGUGUUUUGUUGUUUUGUUUUGUAGAAUCACAUCAAACAUCCUAUCAAAUGUAUUUAUAAUAAUUCCAGUCUGGAAUUUAGAAACACGAAGGAAUCUCCGGAUUCACCAAUAAAGUUUUCCUCUGAA